AUGGAGGUCUUCAAUCUGUGGAGGGAUUACCUGGGCCUCGCCAACGUGGUGGGGGCCCUUCGUGAGGAGAAGCUGGAGCCCGAGGCCCGGGGGGCAGGGACGCAGCCCGUCCCGGGCCCCGGCGCUGGCCCCAGCCUGCCCCCCAGGGAGCCCCUGUGCACCUUCUGCAAGCACAACGGGGAGUCCCGCAACAUCUACCUGUCCCACUCGCUGAAGGACGACGAAGGCCGGGUGGUGUGCCCCAUCCUGAGGAAGUACGUGUGCCCGCAGUGCAGGGCCACCCAGGACAAUGCCCACACCAAGCGCUUCUGCCCGCUCACCAGCAAGGGCUACAUGUCCGUGUACAGCUACACGGCCCGCAACUCGGCCGGCAAACGGACCUCGCUGCAGUGGCCGCCCGAGGAGCUGGGCCCGGCCAAGGCCCGCACCAAGAAGAUGCCAGCCUCGGCCACGGCCCUGCCCGACGGGAAGACUCCCGGCAGGCCCCACGACGAAAGCCAUGCCCGCGGGGGCAGCGGCGGCGCAGGUUCCAAAGCCUCCAGGACUGCUUUUCUCACUCUGCACCCAUGA